AUGGGAGCGGGAAUGAAGCGCGCUAGGGAGCAGGAGGUACUGUCGCUCGCGCUGUCGCUGAGCACGGACUCGACGUCGUCGUCAGCCGACUCGGCCGGUGCACCGGCCAGGAAGAGGGCGCGGCGGGGUAGAGUGGUGGCGACGUCGGGGGAAGGGGAGUUCGUGUGCAAGACGUGCGGCCGCGCCUUCGCGUCGUUCCAGGCGCUGGGCGGCCACCGGACCAGCCACCUCCGGGGGCGCCAUGGGCUGGAGCUCGGUGUCGGGAUCGCCAGGGCCAUCAAGGAGAGGCAAAAGCAGGAGGACAAGCAGCAGCACGAUUGCCACAUCUGCGGGCUCGGCUUCGGGACCGGCCAGGCUCUCGGCGGCCACAUGCGUCGGCACCGCGAGGAGAUGGCGCUCAGCGGCGCCAUCGACCGGUGGGUCGCUCUGUCGAAUCAGGAGGCGGGGCACCAGGCCGCCGCCGACCGGCCGCCGGUCUUGCUCGAGCUGUUCGUCUAG